UUCAGGGUGGGGGGUCACAGAAGCCGUGUUCCUGUGUCAUCUCCCCCAGUACACACACUCCGAGCACCCUCUCUCGUCCCUCGCUACCAUGCUGUCUCGCUCUCUGUCCGCCCGCCCGGCCAUGGCCGCCGCCGCCAACAAGGCUUUCCUCUCGACUGUCGGCGCCAAUGUCCCCAAGGUCCCCCUCUACAUCAAUGGCCAGUUUGUUCAGUCCUCCACCGACAAGUGGAUCCCCGUUCACAACCCCGCCACCGGCGAGAUCACCUCCCUGGUUCCGGAGGCCACCGCUGAGGAGCACGAGGCUGCCAUCGCCUCGGCUGCUGAGGCCUACAAGGACUGGCGCAACUCGACUGUCCUCACCCGUCAGCGCAAGAUGAUGGAUCUCCAGCUUCUGAUUCGCAACGACAUGGACAACAUCGCCGAGCUCAUCACCAAGGAGCAGGGCAAGGUCCUGUCUGAUGCCCGUGGCGAUGUCCUCCGCGGUCUUCAGGUUGUUGAGCACGCCUGCUCCAUCCCCUCGCUGAUGAUGGGUGAGACCCUCACCCCGGUGGCCACCGAUAUGGAUCUCUACUCCCUGCGUCAGCCGAUCGGUGUUUGCGCUGGCAUCACCCCCUUCAACUUCCCCGCCAUGAUUCCUCUCUGGAUGUUCCCCAUGGCCAACGCCUGUGGCAACACCUACGUCCUCAAGCCGUCCGAGCGCAACCCCGGCGCCUCCAUGCGCAUUGCUGAGCUCACUGAGCAGGCUGGCUUCACCCCGGGUCUGCUGAACAUCGUCCACGGUGCCCAUGAUUCCGUGAACAUGCUUUGCGACCACCCCGACAUUCGUGCCGUCUCCUUUGUCGGCGGCGACCGUGCCGGGCGCCACAUCUUCGCCCGUGCCACCGCCACCGGCAAGCGUGUCCAGGCCAACACCGCGGCCAAGAACCAUGGUGUCAUCAUGCCGGAUGCCAACAAGAACCACACCCUGAGCCAGCUGGUUGGUGCGGCCUUCGGCGCGGCCGGGCAGCGCUGCAUGGCCCUGUCGGUGGCCGUGUUCGUCGGGUCGUCGCGUGAGUGGCUCCCGGAGCUGGUGGAGAUGGCCAGCAAGCUGAAGGUCAGCGGCGGCAUGGAGGCCGAUGCCGACAUCGGGCCGCUCAUUUCCGCCCAGGCCAAGCAGCGUGCCGAGGGCAUCAUCGCCGAUUCCAUCGAGCAGGGCGCCGAGAUCCUGCUGGACGGGCGCCAGGUGACCGUGCCGGAGAAGUAUGCCGCCGGGCACUUCCUCGGGCCGACCAUCAUGACCAACGUCUCGCCGGCCAUGUCCUGCUACUCGGAGGAGAUCUUCGCCCCGGUGCUGUCUUGCGUCUUUGUCGAUACCCUGGACGAGGCCAUCGCCCUGAUCAACUCCAGCCCGUACGGCAAUGGCACGGCCAUCUUCACCAACUCCGGCGCCGCGGCCCGGCGCUUCACCAACGACAUCGACGUCGGCCAGGUGGGUGUCAAUGUUCCGAUCCCGGUGCCUCUGCCGAUGUUCUCCUUCACCGGCUCGCGCGGGUCCAUCCGCGGCGACACCCACUUCUACGGCAAGGAUGCCAUCCGCUUCUUCACCCAGACCAAGACUGUGACCAGCCUCUGGCGUUCGGCCGAUGCGGAGGUGUCCCGUGCUGCGGUUCACAUGCCCACCAUGAAGUAAAUGCGAGAGCAUGGCUGCCGGGGGUCCCCUCUCCCCUUCUCCCCGGUGCCAUCUAUCGAUCGAUUGAUCGGUCUCCCUCUCUUCCGGAAGCAUCCCCAGCGCGUCCGUGUCUUAGCCUGAUCCCCUUUCGGUGGGUGUCCGGUGCUCAUGUUGUGGAUGCAUCGUGUCCGUGUGGCGGGAGUUUCUCCUCACAGUCCUCGCCUGCACCCGUUGAAUAAAUGUGCCCCUAUGUGUGUGUA